UUAACCGUUUUCGAACAAUUAUUACAUUAGAAUUUUAGAUGAAGUAACACCAAAUAUGUGUUACCUAGGACGCUGACACAAAUUUACUGUUAGACCAUUCACUAGCGUUCAAUAUUGUGCCACCACCAAAUGCGGUCGGUCGGCAGAUUUUCUCUCUCGACAGCUGCUCGAUGUUGUUCUACAUUUGAAUGUCUACGCUUGAUUGCUGUUUGACGAAGUGUGUCGUCACACAAAAACAGGACGUGGCCCGGCCCCGUGCCCACACUCUGCCAUCAGCUUUCAUCGCCGUGAGUUUGGAUAAAAACACCAAGCCGUUCUCAUCAUGUUUCGCCGUUAUUUCUGCUACCUGGUAGGCUCGGUUAUAUUGGCAAUGUUGCUGACGUUUUCGAUCGCGGCUGCAGAUGAGAAACAAGAACCUGCCGUCCCUGAUGUUGUCGAGUCGUCAGAUCUUCCAUCGGACGGCCCUAAUGAACGGUCAUUUGGACUUAUCGGACUGGUGGCUUCCAUUUGGGCCGUCCUUCGUCGCACCAUGGGCUAAUGUAAUGUAGUACUCCCCCUCUAUAUUUAUUCUAAAUGGCCCCUUAUUUGAUUUGAUGAUGUCUGUGUUCAAAUCCAUCAACGACAUCGAUGAAAGAUAAAAGAAAACGAAAAUAAAUAAAUUAAAUGACUAUUUCCUUAUGUCCACGUCCUAUUUUUGUUGUUGAAAUGUCGAGGAGGUUUGAUUCUUAUCUAUUUGAAGGAAACUUGUUUUUGAAAGAGACGAUUCUUCUUCAGGGUAAUCUUAUAAAUGACCUGAACCCACUCAAAAUUAAAUUCAGUCGAGGCCUAGUGUUUGAGAGGUCAAGUUUGAGUUCUUUCUCGUCCUAAUAUUCAAAUGUUUCGUCCAAAUCACCUGGCGAGGAGCGUGAUUGGUGCGGUGCUGUUGUCGGUGACGAUGUCAUCGGUGGGUGCUGCUGAAUUAUCUCGACCAAAAAGAGACCCUCAAAUUCUGAACGCUCUGCUUCAGGGUCUUGUCAACGGGCAGCAAGUUCCAGGGUAUUCUCCUCCGUAUGGCGUUGGUGGUUUUGGUAAUAAUGGACCUGCUGGUGGAUUUGCCGGUGGCUACCGUCCCAUGAAUGGGGGACAUCAUCAUCAUGGAACAGGUGGAUUUCACGGUGGCCACGGGCAAAGUGGCCACGGGACUGGUGAAUUCGGAGUUGGUCAACAUCACGGAACAGGUGGACACGGGAGCAGUGGUUUUGGAACGGGACAUGGUCACGGUAAUCACGGCCACGGCAAUCACGGUCAUGUCGAUCACGGAAUGAGUGGAUUCACUACCGGAGGUCACGGCACAAGCGGAUUUGGUGGGGCUGAUGCCCAUGGAUCAACUGGACACGGGUCGGGUGGACAAGGACACGGAUCAAGUGGGCACGGGUCAGGCGGACACGGAUUAAAUGGACAGGGAACAGGUAUUCAGCACGGAAGUCACGGAGGUGGCGGCCACAGGCCAAGCGGAUUCGGGAUUGGGGGCCACGGAUCGGGCCCACAAAUUGGAAAUGGACAUGCUGGGAAUCAUCAUCAUUAAUGCUUGAAAUAUUAUUGACUUGACGCUGUAACAAUUGCGGAGAACCCGCCAACGAGAAAUACACACAAUUUCAACUCCA